AUGUUCGUGCCAUUCAACCACGAGCAUUUCCCAGGUCCAAGGGAGUCUGUCUUCUGCCAGGUCACCAUGGCUGAGAGCGCGACGGCUCAUACUUCUGUCGGUCAGGGGCAGCAGCACGACAAUGGCACCAUAUGCGCGGUAGAUCUCCACGACGAGCCGAGCUCUGUUGAAACUGCUAAGAAACCGGGCUACCUGAGGACGAUCUACCUGACAGUCCACCAUGUGUUGACCUACAACCCACUGAUCAACAUUCUCUACGUUUUCGUGGCCGCAGGCAUCAUCGUGGCCCAGUUUCCGAGUGUCCCUGGCGGCAUGGUGUUUGGUCUCAACUGCGUUGCUGUCAUCCCGUUGGCAGCAUUGCUGGCACAUGCGACGGAGAGUUUCACUGGUGAAAUGGGCGAUGCCUUGGGGGCAUUGAUCAAUGUCACUGUUGGAAAUGCCGUGGAACUGAUCAUCUUUAUCGCAUUGACCAAGAACGAGAUCCGAAUCGUUCAAGCUUCGCUUCUAGGUUCCCUGCUAGCCAACUUGCUGCUCAUCCUGGGUCUGGCGUUUUUCCUCGGCGGCAUGCGCUAUCGAGAGCAGCUUUACAACAACACGGUCACGCAGAUGAGUGCCUGCCUGCUAAGUCUGAGCGUCGUCAGCCUCGUUCUUCCGACCGCGUUCCACGUCUCAUUCGAGGAUUACCAUCGCGCGGGUGAGCAGUCACUCAAGAUCAGUCGGGGCACCAGCACCGUGUUGUUGGUCGUCUACGUUAUUUUCCUCGUCUUUCAGCUCAAGACACACGCUUAUUUGUACGAAUCUAUGCCGAAGCACAUUGUCGACGCAGAGGCUGCCCCUGGACCUGUGGCGGGUUGGCUUGACAACGACGACGACGAAAAUGUUCCCCACGAGGACUCGGGCAUUGAUUCAGACGAUACGCGUGUCAACAUGCGCCACAGAAUGCGACGAGCAACCAGUAAGAGUAAGAGACGCAACAUGUCACCUACCUUGGGCCCCGGCCUCGGCUCUCGGACGUCAUCGCAGACGAUCGUCGACGAUGACGAUGCUUUGCCCAGGACACGCGAGGGCGAGGGUGAGGGCGGCAAGGACGCCACGGAGCUGAAAAUAGAGGAGAAAAGGUCAAAGAGCCCAAGAGACCGUCGUAGGAGACGGAGAUGCCGUAAUGCAGAAGGCGAAGACACCGUGGAAAUAGGAGGUGACGCGAGACAGGGACACCAGAGGACAGCCAGUGGCCCUUCCCAGCUGGAACUCCGGCUGCCCAGCAGCGAGAUUGCACCGUGGACCCCGAAAAGCCCGUUUGUCAGAUUUAAGAGCUUUGCACCGGUGCUGUUCCACGAGACCGAUCCAAGUGACACGCGCCGACACUCGCAGAUGGCCCAAAAUGCGGACGUGCCAGGACGUUCCGACAACCGCUGCCCAUCACGCCUCUCUGUGGCCACGGUGACAGAUGGCGUUGCUAAAACCAUGGCCGAUGACGAGAAGGGACCUGAGGAGUUCGAGAUGUCGCGGAUUGGCGCCCUCGUUGUACUUCUGCUCGCGGCCACGCUGGUGGCGACGUGCGCCGAGUUUCUCAUCUCGUCCAUCGAGGCGGUCACGGCUUCGUCCCCGCUCAGCGACACGUUCAUUGGACUCAUCGUGCUGCCCAUUGUGGGCAACGCGACCGAGCACAUUACGGCCAUCAGGGGCGCCAUGCGGAACAAGAUGGACCUGGCAAUUGGGGUGGCGAUUGGGUCCUCGAUCCAGCUUGCGCUCCUCAUCACGCCGCUGGUCGUCUUGCUCGGCUGGCUCCUCGACAAGCCCAUGGGUCUGUACUUUACACUCUUUGAGACGGUGUGUCUUUUUGUCUCGGCUUUCAUCGUCAAUUUCCUGGUGCUGGAUGGCAAGAGUAAUUUCAUGGAGGGCGUCUUGUUGUGCGCGGUGUAUCUGGUCAUUGGGAUUGUGGCAUUCUUCUACCCCGAAGGGAACGAGGGGAACGAGGGGAGCCACUGGGGGGUUGGCGAGGGUGAUGUUUCAUUUUGA